AAAGAACUUUAAACUCUCCAAUCUUUCCUCACCUGACCUAGUAGGGUUAGGACUUUAGAAGACGCAUUUAGCCUAUCGUGACCGAUUAAUUGUUUCAAGGGUAAAGCUCCAUUUGAGAUAAUUUAAAGUUGAGCUGAUUUGACGAAAAAUACAGUCACGUCCGGACAACAGGUAACGUGAACAGCUGCCUAACACGAACAGGCGGUUUACGUUCGGUCAGCGACCUGAUGACAGCAGUGCACAGGAUGCCCCGAUACGUAGCAGAAACAACAGACUAGUAUUAAAACUGUUUGACUGAAAUUGUACACGAAGUUAUGUGAAUUAUGAAAAUUAACGAGAAAAGUUUGGUAAAAUUUGCCUCGUCAGGGGCCCCUGCUGAUAAGGAAGGUCCGCUCCUGAAGAGAGGGGAACUGAAUAAGGGGUUCCAGAAGCGAUGGUUUGUGUUAAAAGGCAACCUCUUCUUCUACUAUGAGAGAAGGAUGGAUAAAGAACCUAUAGGCGUGGUUGUCUUAGAAGGUUGCACAAUUGAGCUAGCUGAGAACACAGAUGGAUUUACUUUCCAGAUCGUAUUUCCAGGAAGCCAUUCCCGUACCUACACUCUUGCAGCAGAUACUCAGGAGGAAAUGGAAGCAUGGAUGAAAGUGUUAGCAUGCGCAAGUUACGAUUACAUGAAGCUAAUGGUUGCAGACUUGCAACAACAGAUAGAGGAAAUGAAUUCCGAGACGCAGCAAAGACUUGUGGAACAGGCAAAACGUGAUAGUAAAAUGGUGCACACACAUUACCAGAAAAUCUCCUUCUCUGACCCAGGUGAUUCCAAUUUUAGUGACUUACUAGGAUUGACGUUGGAGGAAGAACCUUCAAAUGUUACUCAAGGAAGAAUAACCAACCAAAGAUUCAAUCCUUUCAACUCUACAGCAAACAAUACGCUACAAUCGGGUGGGUCGAAAGCUGGACAAAAGUUUGAUUUCACUAAUGAUUAUGACGAACCUUCAGAGAUGAGCCAUAAGAGUUUUAUAGACCUACAUGAGGAGUAUGGAACCCAGAUACAGUGCCUAAGUGAGCUAUGGAGAACUGGUGCAGUGAUAAGGAACUCUCUGCUGCUUUCUCCAGACAUUUUAUAGCUUUAUAGCUGACACAUACUCGGACGUCAUUAACGUUAACUGUGAUCUUCCAUUACUGAUUUUAUGUUUUAGACAGAAUUAAUUUCAUUUGUCUUGGCAAAAGUGACAGAUAUCAAUCCUUAACAUGCAUUAUUUCAACACAUACUAUAACACAUACUAUAACACAUACAUAUAUAUGCACUCAACUACAGCUACUGGACUUCUAAGUUCUAUAAUCAUAGCCCAAAAACCUCAGAGAAAAUUGAUCUCUACUGCAUAAUAAUGAUAUUAUUAUAAUUUGCCAGAUUUUAUAAAAGCUUUUUAACUAAAGUAAAUUAACACAAAAAUGUGUUCUUUAAGCUUUGACCACUUUGUGAGGAGGUGGGGUAUAUCCAUGUGAGAUUACUUUGUGAGGAGGUGGGGUAUAUCCAUGUGAGACUACUUUGUGAGGAGGUGGGGUAUAUCCAUGUGAGACUACUUUGUGAGGAGGUGGGGUAUA